AUGGAGUUCGAUCUAGAGAAGUUUAAAGAAGCUCCUACAGCAGAGCAGCUUUCUUAUUGCAGUAAGGCACAGCUCAUGUCCAUUGCGGAGCAUUACUGCAUUGAAACUGCGUCGACUUCUCUUAAGAAGGAUGAGCUCAGAGCUAGAGUUGUCACUGCUCUUGCUAAACAGGGAGUGAUUUCGAGUGAGUCGGAAGAUUCAGACUUAAGUCACCCUUUUGAGGUUUCUACUAGUAAGACAGAGGCUGUGCAGUUACAAACUCAGUCUGUACGUUUACAUGAGUUGGAGUUACAGUUUAAAAUUAAACAGCUAGAAAUUGAGGCAAAAGAUAGAGAAGAGGGGAGGAAAAUGGAAAUGGAGAGGUUGCGGCUGGUUCAUGAGGAGAAGAUGAAGGAACUGGAGCUGAGGUCAAGUGAGACGCAGUCUCAGAGUGCCAGUUCUCAUGCGUCUACUGCUUCUCCUCGGUUUGAUGUUGGGAGGAACAUUAGUUUAGUUCCUCAUUUUUCUGAAAAAGAAGUGGAAAAAUACUUUUCCCAUUUUGAACGUGUAGCCACCACAUUUGAAUGGCCUAAAGAUGUAUGGACGCUGUUGCUGCAGUGUGUUUUAUCAGGUAAAGCACAGGAGGUCUAUUCUUCGUUAACACUCACCCAAAGCGCUGAUUAUGAAAUUGUUAAAGCAGCCAUUUUGCGGGCUUACGAGCUGGUCCCAGAGGCCUAUAGGCAGCGAUUUAGAGGUUUUCGUAAGAUUGACAAGCAGACUUUUGUAGAAUUUGCCAGAGAGAAGGAAAUUCUGUUCGAUAGAUGGUGCACAUCUCAAAAAGCUGAAACUAGAGAGCAACUUCGCGAGUUGGUACUCCUGGAAGAAUUUAAAAACUGUGUUCCUGAGGCAGUUGCAACCUAUUUGAGUGAGCAGCGUGUGUCCAAAGUUGGGGACGCCGCUGUACUUGCUGACGAAUAUGUUCUGGCUCACAAAGGGGUCUUUAAUGAUAAACAUCUUGAGGCUAAGAACCAUGCUUUUACUCGUCCUCUUCGCUUUAAGGCUAGCAGUAAUGGUCCUGGUUCUUCUGUUUUUGCUUCAAGGCCUGCUAGUUCUGGCUCUGGAAACUCUGAGAGGAUUUGUUUUUUUUGUAAAAAGCCUGGUCAUGUCAUAGCUGAUUGUCAUGCUCUCAGUAAAAAGCAGAAAGCUGCUAAGCCAGUGGCAUUGUUGGCUUCAGUGUCACGUCUGCCUGGUGGAGUUAAUUGUCCCAGUCACUUCACUGAAGACAGGCCUGGGGUGGGAAAAGGUCUGAGUAAGUCCAGUGAGAACAGCACUGAGUCUGAUCUUUUUGCACCUUUCCGUAUGGAGGGGUUGGUGGCCAUCUCUGAGUCAGAUAAGUUUGUCCCCGUUCGUAUUCUAAGGGACACAGCAGCCGCUCAGUCUUUGUUGGUGGAGGGAGUUUUGCCCCUCUCUGAAGAAACUUCUACUGGUGAAAAUGCUUUGGUGCGGGGGUGUGGUCUGACUUGGAUUGAAGCCCCAUUGCAUGUUGUGUAUUUACAGUCUGGGUUGGUUACAGGCUCUGUGGCAGUGGCUAUUCGCCCUGAACUUCCUGUGGAAGGAGUGGACAUGAUUCUGGGGAAUGAUUUGGCUGGUGGGGAGGUGUUCCCUACACCCAUUGUUGUGAACAACCCAGUUGGCUCUAGGUUUGUUAACCAAGGUGAUCAGGCAUCUCAGAUGACAAAAGUCUUUCCUGCUUGUGUGGUAACUCGCGCUCAGUCACGUAAGGUUGAAGAUGUGGUAGAUCUUUCAGAAAUGUUUAUUGCUCCAUGCAAAGAAACUGUCGAGAAUGUGCCUGCUGGUCCCUCUGCUGCUUCUAAGUUCACAGUAGCUAAGCAGUCUAAUGAUUCCACUGUAUCUGAGUCUAUUGAGGUUACAUUGUCCAGUCCUGUCACCUUGUCUGAUGAGUCUGAGGCUCAGUUAAAGGUUGGCAGGGAGCAGUUGGUAGAGGCUCAGAAGGCCGAUCCUUCUUUGGCUAAGUGUGUAGCAGCAGCAUUGCCUAAAGAUAAGAUUGGUGCCUCUCAAGUGGCUUACUACUGGGAGGAUGGUAUCCUCAUGCGCAAGUGGGCUCCUUCAGCUGAUGACAGUGAGUGUAAUGAUGUACAUCAGAUUGUUGUCCCUGCUGGUUACCGGGCACAGAUAUUGAGCUUAGCUCAUGAUAAUGUUUUGUCUGGUCAUCUAGGGAUAGCUAAAACUUACUAUCGCAUAUUAAAGCAUUUCUUCUGGCCUGGUUUGAAACGUGAUGUUUCCCAAUAUUGCCACUCAUGUCAUACAUGUCAGUUGGUUGGGAAACCAAACCAAGUGAUCCCACAGGCUCCACUUCAUCCUAUACCUGUGAUGGGGGAGCCCUUUGAGAGACUCCUCAUAGAUUGUGUUGGCCCGUUACCCAAGUCAAAAUCUGGUCACCAGUUUCUCCUGACCUUAAUGUGUGCUGCAACUCGAUACCCUGAGGCAAUCCCACUGCGUUCUCUCAAAGCUAAGGUGGUAGUAAAAGAACUGAUGAAAUUCUGUACCACUUUUGGAUUGCCGAAGGUAAUUCAAACAGACCAGGGUACUAACUUUAUGUCGAAAGUGUUUUCUCAGGUGUUGGAAGAGUUGGCUGUGAAACAUCAGGUCUCCAGUGCCUACCACCCAGAGAGCCAGGGGGCACUAGAGCGCUUCCACCAGACCCUGAAGACAAUGUUGCGUGCUUACUGUCUUGAAACUGGUAAGGAAUGGGAUGAAGGUAUACCAUUCCUGCUUUUUGCUGUUCGAGAGACUGUUCAGGAGUCACUGGGUUUCAGUCCGGCAGAAUUGGUAUUUGGCCACACAGUUCGUGGACCUUUGAAGUUGUUGCGUGAGCAGCUGACGGGGGUUACUUCUCCUGUCCAAAAUGUGCUGGACUAUGUCAGUUCUUUCAGAGAACGUCUCCAUCAUGCCUGUGAGGUAGCGAAAGAAUCACUGUCUGGCUCCCAAUCUAAAAUGAAGGCUCACUUUGAUAAGAGUGCUGUUAGACGCAGUUUUAAACCUGAAGAUCCUGUGCUGGUUUUUCUUCCUAUUCCUGGUUCAGUGCUUCAGGCCAAGUUUACUGGCCCUUAUGUAAUUGAAAAGAAACUGAGUGAAACAGAUUAUGUUAUCCGUACUCCUGAUAGGAGACGAAAAACUCGUGUAUGUCAUGUGAACAUGCUCAAGCCCUACUGUGCCCGGCUCAGUGAACCUACCUAUUCCCCUCCAGCUAAGGUGUUGCCUGUAGCUUUAACAGCAGUACUGCCAUGUUAUUCUCCUCAGGAUGAUGAUCUAGUGAUGCAAGAUGAUCCUGUUCUGUGUGCUCGGCUGUCAAACUCUCAAGUGUUGAGUGAUUUGGAGAAUUACUUGUGUCAUCUUUCUGGGACAGAUAAGAGUGACAUUCUCAAGUUAAUUGAAAGUAAUCACAUGCUGUUCUCAGAUGUACCGACCCAAACCACAGUGUUACAGCAUGACAUUGACGUUGGUGACUGCCCUCCUAUUAAGCAGCAUGCCUACCGUGUGAAUCCCACCAAAAGAGCUCAAAUGCAAAAAGAGGUUGAGUACUUGCAACAGCAUGACCUGGCUGUUCCCAGCUCCAGUGCCUGGAGCUCUCCAUGUUUAUUAGUGCCAAAGUCUGAUGGAACAUCACGCUUUUGUACUGAUUUCCGGAAACCUAAUGCUGUAACUAAACCAGACUCUUUUCCUCUUCCUCGCAUAGAAGAUUGCAUCGAUAGAGUUGGAGCUGCUCGCUACGUCACCAAGCUGGACCUGUUAAAGGGCUACUGGCAGUGCCUGCAGGAUGCAUCCCUCACCCUGAAUCUAGCAAAAUGUGAGUUUGCCAAGGCCACCAUCACUUAUCUUGGCAAGAAGGUUGGUCAGGGACAAGUGCGGCCAGUAGAUGCCAAAAUAACAGCUAUUGCUGAGUUCCCUGUUCCCACCACUAAGCGGGAACUGCGUCGCUUCCUUGGGCUAGCUGGUUAUUAUAGAGGGUUCUGCCGUAAUUUUGCUGCCAUUGUGUCUCCUUUGACUGAUCUCCUUAGCCCCACCAAGGAUCUAUUGUGGGACACCAAUUGUGAGCUGGCUUUUCAGUCCGUGAAAGCUUUUCUCAGCUCUUCUCCAGUGUUGUCGGCUCCUAAUUUUGCAGUUCCAUUUAAGUUGGAGGUUGAUGCAAGCGGAACUGGUGCUGGUGCUGUACUGCUGCAGGAGGAUUCCUCGGGUAUCGAUCACCCUGUUUGUUAUUUUUCUAAGAAGUUCUCUGCAGCCCAACGUAGGUAUAGCACUAUUGAAAAAGAGGCUUUAGCCAUGCUUUGGGCCCUCCAACAUUUUGAGGCUUAUGUUGGCUCAACACCACAGCCGGUGUUGGUCUUUACUGAUCACAACCCUCUAGUCUUUCUAAGCCGUAUGUACAACCACAACCAACGGCUCAUGCGGUGGGCUCUUAUGGCCCAGAACUUUAAUAUAGAGAUUCGGCACAAGAAGGGGUGCAGUUUCCUGAGAGAUGAUGCAGGGCACCUGCAUCAAGCUGUGAGGAAAGAGUUCAAAAAGAUCAAGGCGAAAAAGGCUGCAGGUCCAGAUGGCAUGUGCAGACCAACUCUGUGGGAUUGUGGAGCACAUCUUCAACCUGAGCCUGAAGCUGGGGAGAGUUCCACAACUGGUGGAACCAGUCAAGGCAGAUGGCUGCCCAUCUUGAGCAGGGGUCUGCCCCGAGAUACCACACUCAAAGGACUUCAACAGCUACAGGCCAGUAGAGCUGACAUCACACCUGAUGGAGACGCUGGCAAGGCUGGUCCUCGUCCAUCUACGCCCUCUGACCACACCCCAAUCCUGAGGGGCAAGCUGGAGAUGGCUGUGGUGGACUCUGACCUGACGGAGUGGAUCCUGGACUACCUCACAAACCGGCCCCAGUUUGUGAGAGCCCGGGACUACUUCAGACACAACACAGACAGCUGUGUCCUGCAGAAGUUCUUGGAUGACUCUGCGCUUGUCGGCCUCAUCACCGAUGACGACGACGUGACGCCUCGUUGGUAG